GUAGCUGGGAGCAGGUCAUCGGUGUGAGUGAUGGGAUGGUGUGAAGGGGCAGCUUCCCGGCCCCUCUGGGGAUGUGAGAGGCAGCCCCGGAGUACAGGGACAGAGCCACUCAGAUGGGACACGUCCCCUUGGGGCUGCCCUGGUUUGUUAUCCAGAUAGGCCCCAUGCAGGAGGACAAUAAGUGGCUGUGCAGGGAACCUUGCACCCCAAAAGUUGUUAGGCCAGGAAAGGGGGUUUUGUACUGCUCCCCAGAGGCCGUGCAGACAGCCUGGCCUUGUCUUCCAGCCUGCUCUGACUGAAACCCUGAGGGUUUGCCUGGGCUUGUCAGGGCCAGGGCCAGGGCCAGCCCUCAGAUGGCUGACGUGCCUCUGCCUCUCCCCUCUGCUCCUUCCAGGAGAGUGACUAACCUCAACUUUUCCAGUUUGCCGCAGGGGGUUUGGGUUUGAGUCAGGGGCCAGAGCUCUGGGCCACAGAGUCUUUGACCAAGGGAUUUUCUCCUUGGAUGGGUGGGGUACUGUGGUAUCUGAGCCAGGUGAGUGUCCAGACUGCCUCCAUCAUCAGUGCGCUCUGCCUGGGUUCCAUGUGCUCUAUCUGUUCCCAGGUCCAGCCUCAUGCCUCCCCACGGACCUGUAUGUUUCAGACUUUAUCAGCUCUUCCUGCUUUUGAGAGGGGGCUGGGCUUUAAGCCCUGAACAAAACUAGUCCCUGCCCAUCUGCCAGUCCUUUGCUGGCUGCCCAGCCUGAAAAGCAGUGGCUGGGGCUGGCAGGGAGGGGGAUACAUUCCCCAGAGGCUCCUGGAGACACACAGCCUUUCAGUGCUGGGGGUGGGAACCUCAUUUGAAUGAGAAUCAGAUCUUUUCUGUGUCUGUGGGUUAGUCUGAACCCUGGCCCCACUAGCCCCAGCUGCGUUGGAUGGUGGACCUGCAAAGAAGCUCUGCUUCUGCUCGUUUCUUGGUGGCCCUCCCCACCUUUAUCUGGUGGCUGUUACUAAUCUUUCCCCUGGGUUCAGCCUCCAUUGGUUUCCCUUGCUCCCAGCUGCAUGGUGGCCCCACAACCUGCAUGCACCUUAUCUCGGCUUUCGUCAACCAUGUAAGUAUGGGGAAUGACCUGAGGGCCACACAGCUCUGCAAGGGCAGCCCAGCGUGGGGCCCACUGCCUCCUCUCUCUCAGGCCUGAUUCCAGCUCCCAUCGCCCAGGAUCCCCAGCUGGGUUAGGCCCCUUCCUUUCGGUCCUGCUGCUGCUGCCACUACCAAUGGUCCAGGCUCCCAGAACAAUUACCCAGGAGGUGCCAGACCUGCUUCCCCCUUCCGGCUGCUCAAGCAGCAUCUGCUACCCACCCACCGGCAACCUGAUUGUUGGCCGUGGCCAGAGCCUUCGAACCUCAUCGACCUGUGGACUCCAAGGCCCUGAGCCCUACUGCAUUGUCAGUCACCUACAGGACUCUGAGAAGUGCUUCUUUUGUGACUCUCGGGGAAGGGGAGGCCAUGGCAUUGAGAAUGUGAUCUCCCGGAGUGGUCCCGAUGGCAACAAGACCUGGUGGCAAGCAGAGAGCGGUGUUGAGAACGUUACCAUCCAGCUAGACCUAGAGGGUGCCUUCUACUUCACCCAUCUCAUCAUGACUUUCAAGACAUUCCGCCCAGCAGCUUUGCUCCUUGAGCGCUCAGUGGACCAUGGCCACUCGUGGCACGUGUACCGAUACUUUGCCCACAACUGCUCAGGCCUCUUUCCAGGGAUCCCUCCUGCCCCUGGCCACAGUGUUCAUGACCUCGUCUGUGACCAGCGUUACUCGGACGUGGAGCCUUCCACUGAGGGCGAGGUAGUUUUCAAAGCCCUGGACCCAGCCAUUCUGGUGGAGAACCCGAACAACCCCAAGAUUCAGGAGUUCCUCCGUGUGACUAAUCUCCGUGUGAACUUUUCCAAGCUGCACACACUGGGUGACAGGCCCCCGGGGGGCCUCACGGGACACCCCUUCUACUACUACGCCCUCUAUGAGCUCGUGGCCCAAGGCAGCUGCCUGUGCCAUGGCCAUGCCUCUGAGUGCAGGCCCGUACCUGGGGCACCAGCCAAUGUGGAAGGCAUGGUGCAUGGCCUUUGUGUCUGCCGCCACCACACAGCUGGUACCCACUGUGAGCUCUGCCAAGACCUGUACCAGGACCACCCAUGGCACGCAGCAGAGCCUGGGCACUCCCACGCCUGCCGGGAAUGUGAGUGCCAUGGGCAUGCCCGCAGUUGUCACUUUGACAUGGCCCUUUAUCUGGCAUCUGGCAACGUGAGUGGAGGCGUGUGUGACGCAUGUCAGCAUAACACAGCUGGGCGCCACUGUGAGCUCUGCCAGCUCUUCUUCCACCGAGAUCCGUGGGAAGAUCCCCGUUCCCCUCACUCCUGCAAACCCUGUGACUGUGACCCUAUGGGUACCCUGGAAGGUGGUUUAUGUGAUACACACACAGAUGAGACCCGUGGCCUCCUCUCUGGGCAGUGUCGCUGCAAAGUAAACGUCUGGGGCCAGCGCUGUGACUCCUGCCGGCCCAAUCACUAUGGUCUGAGCGUUACCCAGUCAGAGGGCUGCCAGCCCUGCAGGUGUAACCCCCAGGGCCGGGUCCCUGGCACUCAGGCCUGUGAUCCCUCCAGCGGUGCCUGUCAUUGCAAACGCUUUGUCUCUGGACGGGACUGCAGCCGUUGUCUGCCCGAGUUCUGGGGUCUGAGCAGUGACUCUCUAGGCUGCCGGCCCUGUGACUGUGACUUUGGGGGUGCCUACAGCAACAGGUGUUCUGCAGGGGAGGGCCUCUGUCUGUGCCGCCCCCAUCUCCAUGGCCGCCGCUGCAAUGAACUCCAAUCUGGGCACUUCUGUGCUGCCCUUGACCAGGCUACUGCUGAAGCGGAACUUGGCCAGGGCCUCCAGCCAGCUGACCCCCAGCUGCCUGGAGGCCCCUGGCCUGCUCCUCCCAACUGUACACAAGCCCCAGGGACCUCCCCUGGUUGGCUCCAGCCCCGACUUUGGAGACAGCGUGACCCUCGAUGUGCCCUCUACCCUGCUAGACGGGCCCGUUACAGCCACAAGCUGCCCAAGGACCCAAAAGAGCCCGUGCCCCUGCAUCCAGGAGCUGGCUCUGCACUGUGGACUGGCUUGGACUUUGCACGUGUGGUUGAUGGAGCUGGCCUCUCUCUGCUCGCUCCCACAGUGCCUCGUGCCCUGGAGUAUGACAUUGUCUUGCGCUAUGAGACCCAAGCACCUGAAGACUGGCAGGCAUUAGUCAGGGUCCGUGCCCAGUCACUGCCCAGCAGCGCUCGCUGUGCCCAUCUGCUGCCCUCAGAGCAGCUGUUCCAGGCGGCCUUGACCCAUGCACACAGAGCUGUGGUUCUAUCCAGACCUUUCUGCUUUGAACCGGGAACACGCUACUCCAUGACCCUGCGGCUGUGGCGGACCAAAGCCGUGCACAGGCCUGAGGCGAGCACCAUCCUUCUGGAUUCGAUUGUGCUCCUGCCACGGGUGAAGGAGUUGCCUGGGCUGAGAUCCGUGGACCCCGGGGCCGCAGGGCGAUUGCAGGAGCUCCACAAAGCGGGCUGCCUGGAUGCAGCGAGGACGGGUCUCUCUAGCACCAUGGCUGAGGCCUGUGCCCGCCUCGUCUGCAGCAUCUCGGCUCUGCUCCACGGGGGUGGCCUCCCCUGUGAGUGCCACCCCCAGGGCUCACUGAGCACUGAGUGUGCCCUGCUGGGUGGGAAGUGCCCCUGCCGUCCUAACAUCAUUGGUCGUACCUGUGACCACUGCAUGCCUGGAACAUAUGGCUUCGGUCCCACUGGCUGCAGUGAGUGCCACUGCCACUCCAAGGGUGCCAUCAGUGCCAUCUGUAACCCUAUGAGUGGACAGUGCACAUGCCGGGCAGGCCUUGCUGGUCGCCGCUGUGAUCGCUGCCUCCCUGGCCGAUGGGGUUUCCCACACUGCCAGCCCUGUGCCUGUAAUGGGCAUGCUGAGUUGUGCCACCCACUUACAGGCAUCUGCCAGGCCUGCCAUGGAGCCACAACAGGCUGGCACUGUGAGAGGUGCUUGGACGGCUACUAUGGAGACCCCACCCUGGGCUCAGGCGAGCAAUGCCGGCCCUGCCUCUGUCCUGGUCACCCUGGCUCUGGCUUCUAUCACGGGACUUCCUGCCAUGUGGACAGUGCAAGUGGACGUGUCCUGUGCCUCUGUGCACCUGGCUAUGCAGGCCCCCGCUGUGACCGCUGUUCCUCCGGCUACUUUGGGCGCCCUUGGCCAGGAGGAGACCCCAGAAGGAGUCCAUGCCGGCCCUGCCAGUGCAACAACAAUAUUGAUCCCCGUGAUCCUGCUGCCUGUGACCCCCACAGUGGGCACUGCCAGCGCUGUCUACACCACAGCCAUGGCCCUGGCUGUGCCCACUGCAGGCCUGGCUUCCACGGCAGUGCCUUGCGCCCAGGGGGCUGCCGGCGCUGCAGCUGUGACCCCCGCGGCACUGUUCCUGCGAGGUGCCCAUCUAGAGCUGAAGCCUGCUUCUGCAACCAGGUCAGCGGGCAGUGCCCCUGCCGCCCCCACACACUGGGGCGGGACUGUAGCCGCUGUGCCCCCCGCUUCUGGAACCUGGGGGGGUCCCGGGGCUGCGAGCCCUGCAGCUGCCAUGCCCAACACGCUUUGCAGCCGGUGUGUCACCCGGUCACGGGUCAGUGUCCCUGCCGGGCAGGAUUUGGGGGCCGCACAUGCUCCAGGUGUCAGGAUGGGUACUGGGGUGACCCGGAGCAGGAGUGCAGAGCCUGUGCCUGCGACCCACAGGGCUCCAUGUCGCCCAGCUGUGACCCAUACACAGGUGCCUGCCUCUGCAGAGAGGGCAUCUCAGGGCAGAGGUGCCAGGCAUGUGCCCGUGGCUCCAGAGGUGGCUUCCCACACUGCACGUCCUGCCCUACCUGUUUUACCUCUUGGGACCAACGCCUGGCUCUACUCCAGCUGCAGCUGGAAGCUAUGGCCCAAGAGGUGGCCGCCCUAUGCCAGGGGAUGCCUGGCUGGAGUGCUAGGGGCCGAGGCGGACAACUGCAGGCCCUGGAGGGGAUACUCCAGCAGGCACAGACGCUGCUCCUGGAAUCUCCUUCACCCACUGUGGGCACCCUGCAGCAACUUACCGAGUGGAUCGCUGGACUCAGGCAAGGGGUUUGGGGUCAGUAG